AUGGCUACCAACAUAGCAUUCGACAUUGCUUUGCUGUUCUGGAGGAUAGUUAUCAAUGUCUUCUUCAGGAGCAUACAGCCGCGCGGGGCUUGGAAGAUUCCUAGGCCAAACGAAGGUCCAGUCAUCUUUGUGGCAGCUCCUCACCACAAUCAGUUCCUGGAUCCGUUGCUCUUGGCUUCCGAGGUGCGAAGGGGCUCUGGCCGUCGUGUUGCGUUCCUGAUUGCCGAAAAGUCCAUCAAGAGGCAAUUCAUUGGGGCUGCUGCUCGAGUGAUGCAAAGCAUCCCCGUGGCCCGGGCAGCAGACUCGGCGAAGGUUGGCAAAGGCACGAUCAGUGCGCAUUCCUCGGGUGACGCCACCCUCAUCCAAGGACAUGGCUCCGAAUUCACAAAGCAGCUCAAAGGCAAGAGCCAAAUCAUGCUGCCCAAAUCUACCAAUUACGCGACUGCUGAGGUGGUCGAGGUUAUCUCUGACACAGAGCUUAGGAUCAAGAAGGAGUUCAAAGAGGCAAAGGCGCUCGAAUCGCUUCGAGGGAAGUCGAUGGUCAAGAUCGGCAAGGGCGCAAAGGCGAGGGAAGAAGAGCAGCAAGGCUGCGAGUACAAGUGCUUGCCGUAUGUCGAUCAGACGCAAAUGUAUUCAAGCGUCUACGAGCGCCUGGCGGACGGAGGCUCGUUAGGCAUCUUUCCAGAAGGCGGCUCCCACGAUCGCACAGACCUGCUGCCUCUCAAGGCUGGCGUAGUCAUCAUGGCGCUCGGCGCUAUGGCCGCGAAUCCCGGUCUUAAAGUCCGCAUCGUCCCCGUCGGUCUCUCUUACUUCCACCCGCACAAGUUCCGCUCCAGAGCAGUGGUAGAAUUUGGUACGCCUCUCGACGUGCCUAGAGAGCUGGUCGGGCAGUUUGAGAAAGGCGGGGACGGCAAGCGCGAAGCCGUCGCUUCGAUGAUGGACAUUGUUUUCGAUGGAUUGAAGUCGGUAACGCUUCGAGCGCCAGACUACGAGACGCUCAUGUUCAUCCAGGCCGGCCGGCGCCUGUACACCCCACCGGGUGUGCAUCCCUCGCUGUCUCAAGUCGUAGAAAUCAAUCGCAGGAUGAUUGUGGGGUACUUGAAGUUCAAGGACGAUCCUCGUAUUCAACAACUCAAAGCAAACGUCCUCAGAUAUAACAAAAUGCUCGCCUAUGCCGGCUUGAAAGAUCAUCAAGUCGAGCGCGCAACGCGGGCCGGAUGGAGAUCCUUGGGGCUAUUCUUCUACAGACUUGGGCUUCUAGGGCUUUGGGGCGGCCUGGCGCUGCCAGGCGUUGUCCUCAAUGCACCCAUCAUCAUUCUCGCCAAGAUCAUUUCAGCGCGCAAGGCAAAAGAAGCUUUAGCUGCCUCUCAGGUGAAAUUGAUGGGUCGCGACGUUCUUGCUACCUGGAAAGUCCUGGUCAGCAUGGGCAUCACGCCUGUCCUGUACUGCUUCUACGCCGGAGUCACCACUUACGUCGCCUACCGAAACGGCGUCUCGCCACCUCAUCUUCGACGCAUGCCUAUGUACGUUCUUGGAGGCAUGCCAAUGCUGGCGUAUAGCACUCUAAAGUUCAGCGAAGUGGGCAUCGAUAUCUACAAAUCCUUGCCUCCUCUCUUUGUCUCGCUGCUUCCCGGCAAUCAGAAGGCCAUCCUGGAGCUUCAAGCCACGAGAUCGAGAAUCUCUGCAGAGUUGCACGAAGUCAUCGACAAGCUGGCACCGCAGGUGUGGGACGAUUUCACGGAGCGACGCAUCAUCUCACCUCCUACUGCCAACGCUCCGCCUAGCACCACGCCGGAUCGAGCAAACGCUUUGCUUUGGAAGCAAAAGACUACUGACAAGCGCUUGGAUGGCACGAGCGCCUUGGCACACCCUCUUUCGUGGGUGGACGAGCGUCUGUUCGGCUGGUCGGGCUCCUCUCGUCGGGCGAGCCGAACGACGCGUGCCCUUUCUGGCGCUGAAUUUUUCAAGGAGGGUGACGAGGUGGUGGAAGAAGCGCUGAGCGAUGGCGAGGACGUGUACAGCAGUGCAACGGAAGAGGAGUCAGAAGAAGGCGAUUACGAGGCCAUCUUUAGCAUUCUGAGCGGCACGCGCGGUGACGAUCCCAAGAGUCCCAAGAGCCCGCGAGCCCGCACGCGCUCUCGAGCGAGCAGCGGUGCUGCGGAGACGUUUGCAGAGAAGAGGAACAGGUCGUCGAGCGACUUGCAGAGAUUAUCGGGUGCGCCUGCCAUGACGCCAUCUGCGUCUCAAAGUCCUCAGAAGAGGUCGACGGCGCUACCGGAGCGAAGCAACGGAGCACAGCAGAGGAGGACGCGCACGCACAGCUUGAUGGAAGAUGUCUCGGCGACGGAUUUGGCUGGACCGGUGGGACAGUCGCAAAGGCAUGCCGAUUUCAAGGAUGCUGCUGCGAAGCUCGAAGAGUCUGCGGAGCAGCGCCACGAAGCCAAUGGGGAUCCCAAGAGACCUCUAGUGAGGGACAUGGAAUCGGCUGCUCCUACACCUGGCACUGCCACUCCUCGAUGA